UUAUUUCUGAGAUCUUUCAGUCGAGUCAGAAAGGGGGCAUCUCUUCUGAUCAGAGCCUCGCACGAGCAGAAGAGGAGAGAGGGGAGAGAGAGAGGGAGAGUGAGGCAGGGUGCCCCGUUAUUUAACUAACCCCGGUGGAAAGAAGCAUGGCUUUAUAAAAAUACACUUUUUUUCUUCUUUGGGACCUUGGCUACAUUUGCACUCCAUCUCAGCAGUUGUCAAAGUCUCUGUUUUAUUUAAAAGCAAUCGAUCCACAACUUUUUUUUGAUGGUCAUGGAUAUCCAUAUAAGGUGGAAAAGAAAACGCCGGAUAAGGGACUUGCCCCUAACGCUAGCAAUAUUUCUGUUUUUUGUAAUUUCGCAAGCCAGUUCAGCGGGCCCUGCAGAUCUCUUGAAGAUAUUAGAUUUUCACAAUUUACCUGAAGGUGUAACAAAAACAACAGGCCUUUGUCCACACAGAAGAUCUUCAAGUGGGCCAGAUGUCGCUUAUAGAGUAACAAAGGAAGCCCAGCUAAGCGCCCCCACGAAGCAGUUAUAUCCUGCUUCAUCCUUCCCCAAGGAUUUCUCCAUUUUAACCACCGUGAGGCCGAAAAAAGGCAGCCAGUCCUUCCUCCUGUCCAUCUACAAUGAGCAGGGGAUCCAGCAGAUUGGCAUGGAGGUGGGACGGUCUCCGGUGUUCCUUUAUGAAGAUCACACGGGCAAGCCCGGGCCAGAGGAUUACCCACUCUUCAGGGGCAUCAACCUGGCUGAUGGCAAGUGGCAUCGAGUGGCUAUCAGUGUCCACAACAAAGAAGUCACCAUGGUGUUGGACUGUACUAAGAAGUCAACAAAGAUUUUGGACAGAAGUGCCCGUCCUCGAAUUGACACCAAGGGCAUUUUGGUUUUUGGAACUAGAAUACUUGAUGAAGAAGUCUUUGAGGGAGAUAUCCAGCAGCUAAUGAUUGUUCCAGACCACAGGGCAGCCUAUGAUUACUGUGAGCACUACAGCCCAGACUGUGAAUCACCCGCCCCUGAUUCCCCGCAGUCCCAGGACCCAAACCCAGACGGAGAUGACGAAGACACCUAUUACUAUGAAUACCCAUAUUACGAAGACAUGGAUCUUGGUGAGAAAACUACUACCCCUGAACCGAAGCCUAAUGAGGUAGCAGGACCUGUUGCAGCAGUGGAAGAGGAUGUAUUGUACAAACCCACUGAAGAAACAACAAUGAUUGAAACAAAGCCUACUGGGGGAGCGUAUCCAGAAUAUGGAGAGUAUGAGGAUCCUGAGGCGUAUGAGACAUACAAUGAAUAUGAAGAUGGGGAAGGGGGGAAAAGAGUAAACAUAGGCACAAAUGUGGACCAGGAAGGAAGAGUGAACAUUGAAACAAAUGUGGACCAGGGAGGACGAGUGAACAUUGGAACAAAUGUGGAUCUUGACUCCGGAGUCGACAUAGGAUCACGUGUGGACCUGGGAUCACAUGUGGACCUGGGAUCCAGAGUUGACCUAGGAUCCAGGGUCGACCUAGGAUCACGUGUGGACCUGGGAUCCAGAGUGGACCUAGGAUCCAGGGUGGACAUGGGGACAAAUGUGGACCUGGGAUCACGAGUGGACCUAGGAUCCAGAGUGGACUUGGGGACAAAUGUGGACCUGGGAUCACGUGUGGACCUGGGAUCCAGAGUGGACAUGGGGACAAAUGUAGACCUGGGAUCACGAGUGGACCUAGGAUCCAGAGUGGACAUGGGGACAAAUGUGGACCUGGGAUCACGAGUGGACCUGGGAUCCAGAUUUGACAUGGGGACUGAUUUUGACAUGGGGACACACACUGAAGACAUUCAUACUUCAACAGUAAUCAUUUCACAAAAUGGAACUGAGACCCAAGGCAGAAGUGAGUCAGGGUCAACUGGACAUGGAGGUACCGGACAUGAAGAGUCCUCGGAGGGGGGGGAUUUUACACAAGAAAUCCUUAAGGAGUUUGACAAGGAAGAUUACUAUACAGAGUAUGAUUAUGGCGAGGGUGACCGAGAUUUUGGUCCCGUUUCUCCCGCCCAGACCGAUGAUGAUUAUAGCCAGGUUGGCGGAGCAAGGGGGGAAAAGGGACAGAAAGGAGAGCCUGCCAUCAUUGAGCCUGGAAUGCUUGUGGAAGGUCCCCCUGGUCCUGAAGGCCCAGCUGGUCUCCCAGGAUCUCCUGGUCCCACUGGUCCUCCUGGUUCAACUGGAGAUCCAGGUGAAAGAGGUCCUGCAGGUCGACCAGGUCUUCCAGGUGCUGAUGGAUUGCCAGGACCCCCAGGGACUGUCCUCAUGCUGCCUUUCCGAUUCAGUGCAGGAGGAGAUGGAGGACAGAAGGGACCCGUUGUUUCAGCACAGGAAGCCCAAAUGCAAGCCAUAAUGCAACAGGCGAGGCUGGCAAUGAGAGGCCCAACAGGUCCAAUGGGUCUAACAGGAAGGCCUGGACCUCUGGGUCAACCAGGUGUUUCAGGAGUAAAAGGCGAUCCAGGAGAUAAUGGCCCACAGGGACCCCGAGGCCCUAUGGGCCCUCCAGGACCAUCAGGGAAACCAGGACGCAGGGGUCGAGCUGGUUCUGAUGGGGCUAGAGGAAUGCCUGGUCAAACAGGGACAAAGGGUGAUAGAGGAUUUGACGGGCUGGCUGGUUUACCUGGUGAAAAGGGACACAGAGGAGACUCUGGUCCAGCUGGUCCUCCAGGUCCACCAGGAGAGGAUGGUGAAAGGGGAGACGAUGGAGAGAUUGGACUGAGAGGAUUACCAGGUGAACCUGGUCCUCGUGGUUUGCUAGGGCCAAAGGGGCCCCCCGGACCUGUCGGCUCCCCAGGUGUUGCAGGUAUGGAUGGUCAGCCUGGUCCAAAAGGAAAUUUUGGUCCUCAAGGAGAGCCAGGCCCCCCAGGACAGCAGGGCAACCCUGGAGCUCAGGGUCUUGCUGGUCCCCAGGGUCCUAUUGGCCCACCAGGAGACAAAGGUCCUUUAGGCAAGCCAGGUCUGCCUGGUAUGCCUGGAGCAGAUGGUCCUCCGGGUCACCCUGGCAAAGAAGGACCUUCCGGAGAGAAGGGGCACCCAGGGCCAGCUGGUCCACAAGGCCCAAUUGGCUAUCCAGGACCCAGAGGAGUCAAGGGCGCUGAUGGUGUCCGUGGAUUAAUGGGUCACAAAGGUGAUAAGGGAGAAGAUGGCUUUCCAGGAUUCAAGGGUGACAUGGGGUUGAAGGGUGACCGAGGCGAGCUUGGGCCUUCUGGUCCCAGAGGAGAAGAUGGACCUGAAGGUCCAAAGGGAAGGUCUGGUCUGCCAGGUGAUUCAGGUCCACUUGGUCCCACUGGAGAAAAGGGCAAGCUUGGUGUUCCAGGGUUACCAGGAUAUCCCGGAAGACAAGGUCCAAAGGGAUCUCAGGGUUUUCAAGGUUUUCAAGGAGCCAACGGAGAAAAAGGAGCAAGGGGAACAGCAGGCAAACCUGGUCCAAGGGGACAGCGAGGACCAACGGGUCCUCGUGGAGAGAGAGGUCCAAGGGGUCCCACUGGAAAGCCAGGGUCGAAGGGCAACUCAGGGAGUGAUGGUCCAGCUGGUCCUCCUGGCGAAAGGGGUUUACCAGGACCUCAGGGACCCACAGGAUUCCCUGGUCCAAAGGGCCCACCUGGUCCCGCUGGCAAAGAUGGACUCCCAGGACACCCUGGACAGAGAGGUGAAACUGGUUUUCAAGGCAAGACUGGUCCUCCUGGGCCCCCAGGUGUGGUCGGACCCCAGGGUCCUACUGGUGAAACUGGACCAAUGGGAGAGCGUGGACACCCUGGGCCCCCGGGCCCCCCAGGCGAGCAGGGUCUACCAGGAGCUGCUGGAAAAGAAGGUGCAAAGGGUGACCCUGGUCCUGCUGGCCCAACUGGAAAAGAUGGUCCUCCUGGUCUGAGAGGAUUCACAGGAGAAAGAGGACUUCCAGGUCCAGUAGGUGCAGCUGGUUUGAAAGGCAACGAGGGUCCCAAUGGCCCACCAGGUCCUGCUGGUUCCCCAGGUGAAAGGGGACCAGCUGGCCCAGCAGGUCCAAUCGGACUUCCAGGCAGACCCGGGCCCCAAGGACCCCCUGGACCAUCUGGGGAAAAAGGAGGACCUGGUGAGAAAGGUCCUCAAGGCCCUGCUGGUCGGGAUGGUAUCCAGGGACCAGUUGGUCUUCCAGGACCGGCUGGACCUAUUGGGUCUCCUGGAGAAGACGGGGACAAGGGUGAACUUGGUGAGCCAGGGCAGAAAGGAAGCAAAGGCGACAAGGGAGAACAUGGUCCACCUGGUCCUACUGGUCCUGUAGGUCCAAUUGGACAGCCUGGCCCUUCUGGUGCUGACGGAGAGCCUGGCCCCCGUGGACAGCAGGGUCUCUUCGGUCAGAAAGGUGAUGAAGGUCCAAGAGGUUUUCCAGGACCCCCCGGCCCUGUCGGCCUGCAGGGCUUGCCUGGCCCAGCUGGUGAAAAAGGAGAAACGGGUGACGUUGGUCAAAUGGGUCCGCCAGGUCCCCCAGGCCCCAGGGGCCCAUCUGGCGCUCCAGGAGCGGAUGGGCCACAAGGACCCCCAGGUGGCAUUGGAAACCCAGGAGCUGUGGGAGAGAAAGGUGAAUCUGGAGAAGCAGGAGAACCUGGUCUCCAAGGUGAUAUUGGCCCACCCGGCCCCAGAGGAGAGAGAGGUGAAAAGGGCGAAGCUGGACCUGCUGGUUCAGCAGGCCCCCCUGGUCCUAAAGGUCCCCCUGGAGAUGAUGGCCCCAAAGGUAGCCCUGGUCCAGUCGGUUUCCCCGGUGACCCAGGUCCUCCAGGAGAGGCUGGCCCAUCUGGUCUGGAUGGUCCUCCUGGUGACAAAGGAGAUGAUGGUGAAGCUGGACAACCUGGGUCUCCUGGUCCUACUGGAGAGGCUGGCCCUUCAGGUCCCCCAGGGAAGAGAGGUCCACAAGGAGCUGCAGGCCCUGAAGGAAGGCAAGGUGAAAAGGGUGCUAAGGGAGAAUCUGGUCUUGAGGGUCCUCAAGGAAAGACGGGUCCAGUUGGUCCACAAGGAUCUCCAGGAAAGCCUGGCCCAGAGGGUCUCAGGGGAAUCCCCGGUCCGGUGGGUGAACAAGGUCUCCCAGGUUUACCUGGCCCAAAUGGCCCUCCUGGUCCAAUGGGUCCUCCUGGUUUGCCAGGUCUCAAAGGUGACUCUGGAGUAAAGGGUGAAAAGGGUCAUCCAGGUUUGAUCGGUCUGAUUGGACCCCCUGGAGAGCAGGGAGAGAAAGGUGAUCGGGGUCUUCCAGGUCCUCAGGGCGCAACGGGUUCUAAAGGAGAUACUGGUAUAAAUGGUCCAACUGGUCCAAUUGGUCCCCCUGGUCCUCCAGGAUUACCAGGUCCUCCUGGUCCAAAGGGUGCUAAAGGUUCAUCUGGCCAAACUGGUACUAAGGGUGAAACAGGUGUGCCAGGCCCCCCUGGUCCUCCAGGUCCUCCUGGUGAUGUCAUCCACCCUCUUCCCAUGCAGUCCUCUAAGAGAAACAAGCGCAACAUUGACGCGAGCCAGCUCAUGGACGAGGGCAACCCAGACAAUUACAUGGACUACGCUGAUGGCAUGGAGGAGAUCUUUGGCUCCCUCAACUCUCUCAAGCUGGAGAUCGAGCAGAUGAAGCACCCCCUGGGUACUCAGAACAACCCUGCCCGCACCUGCAAGGACCUGCAGCUGUGCCACUCUGACUUUCCAGAUGGUGAAUACUGGAUCGAUCCCAACCAGGGCUGCUCCAGAGAUUCCUUCAAGGUUUACUGCAAUUUCACAGCGGGAGGGGAAAGCUGCAUCUUCCCAGACAAGAAAUCUGAAGGAAGUAAAAUGGCUCGUUGGCCCAAAGAUGUACCUGGUUCUUGGUAUAGUCAGUACAAGCGAGGGUCACUGCUCUCGUACGUGGAUUCAGAAGGCAACCCCAUCGGAGUGGUUCAGAUGACCUUUCUUAGACUGCUAAGUGCUUCUGCUCGCCAGAACCUCACUUAUAACUGCUACCAGUCUGUGGCCUGGCACGACUCAUCCCAGGACAGCUACGACAAAGCCGUCCGCUUCCUGGGCUCCAACGAUGAGGAGAUGUCCUACGACAACAACCCUUACAUCAGAGCGUUAGUCGAUGGCUGUGCUGCAAAGAAAGGCUAUGAAAAAACUGUACUGGAGAUCAACACACCCAAAGUGGAGCAAGUUCCUUUUGUUGACAUCAUGUUCAACGAUUUCGGCGAAGCUUCACAGAAAUUCGGUUUUGAAGUGGGGCCCGUCUGCUUUAUGGGUUGAGACGUCACAGAGAAAUUGAACGAGAAAAUAUCACCUUUUUUUUUUUUUUUUUUUAACCAUUGAGUCUCCAAAAAACAAAAAGAUUAAAAAAAAAACAAACAAAAAAAAACAGCAACCUUUAACCUCAGCGUGCCUUUUCCGUCACAUGCAGGUUUUGAAAUGGAUGAAUAUGACAUUCAGCUGCGCUUUUUACGUUGCGCGCCCCCCACUGCUCCUCAUCUCUCCAGUAACAGGAAGGCUUUCUUUGGUGUAGGUCCAGAAUCACAUGACCCAAACAACCCUAAA